AUGUUACCUUUAAAUGCCAGACUGAGACUUCACAGAUAAAAGAGCAGUUGGAGAUGUGCAAAGAUGUCUUUCUGCAGGGCAGCAACAGUGAAUUUUGCUCCUUCAUGAAUUCAACCUUAGUGAAUUUGGAGACCAUGUGUACCCAGGACAGAGCAGUAUCGCUGCAGGAAGUUGCUGGCCCCUUUGGUUCCUUCCUGAAUAGCUUCACCCUCAGUACUGGUGGGAACGAGAACAAGAGGGAAAUUGCCUCCACCGUGACGUUCCUCCUGCAGAGUGUGGAAUUGACUGCACUGACAGCUGCUUUGAUGUCUCCGGAGAUGAAGACCCAGACCGUGACAACAGAGUCUAUGGGUGAGGAGGAUGGGAGGCUCCCACAUCGCCUCGUGGAGGCU